CUUAACCUGGCACAACGAAUAGGGAAUGGAAUCUCUGUCUUCUCUUUCUUGUGCCCAGUCAGCCGGAUCUACGUCUCUCAGCCUCUCUUCUCUGGUUAGCUGAUCUCUGUCUCUCUCUCGUACCUUUUGUUUUCUUUUUUCAGGAGAGAGAAAGAGAGAGCUUUUGGCCAAAAAUGGUGAUGUGGGUCUUUGGAUAUGGGUCUCUAAUCUGGAAAGCAGGCUUUCACUAUGAUGAUCGCCUUGUGGGCUUUAUCAAAGGCUAUCGCCGUGUCUUCUACCAAGGCAGUACUGACCACAGAGGAACCUCUGAGUACCCAGGAAGAACAGUUACAUUGGAGCCUGCAGAGGAGGAGUGGGGCGUCGCCUACAAAGUAUCCAGGAAGGAAGAUGUAGAGACUGCAUUAGAGUAUCUAGAAGUGCGGGAGAAACAGUAUGACAAGAAGGCGUAUCUUGAUUUUUACACUGAUCUAACAGCUUCAAUGCCAACAGUUUCCAGAGUCAUGGUAUAUAUAGCAUCUGCUGACAAAAAGCUCAACAAGAACUACUUGGGUCCUGCAUCACUUGAAGAAAUUGCCAAACAAAUUAUCCAUGCAGAAGGCCCCUCAGGACCCAACAGAGACUACCUCUUUCAACUCGAAAAGGCUCUGCUUCAGUUAGGAUGCGAUGACAAACAUGUAAUGGACCUUGCAAAUGAAGUUAGGAGCAUCCUUUCGGAGAAGGAACCAACUGCUUCAUGACCCCAUGAAGGCAUGAGCAAAAAAAAAUGAGAAUUUUAAAAGAAGUCGAAUUCUAGUGUUAGAGAUUGGAAAUUAUUUUGGCUAGAGGUUCGAGAAAGAUUAGUUCUGCUGAACAAUGCAGAUUUGGGCUUUGAAUAGCAAAUCUUCCUCAUUUAAGUGCAUUUUUCAAGUGUAAUUCUCACCAUAUGAGAACUCUGCCAAUGCAAUCUAUAUGCCUGAGUAAACAUAAAUAAUACGUUGAUAG